AUGCAAUUAACUUCUACAUUCGCUUGCGCUUUAUUAGCCUUCGCUAACGUUGUUUUUGCCGAUUCCCCAAAAUUUGGUAUUGUGUCUAUUCAUUCUGCCUCUCCUGCUCAUUUAUUAAGUCUAUAUGAUAAAAAUGGUUUAGUUCUAUCUGGUGGUCUUGACGCCUUGUCCAGUGUUAUCACAGAUGACGGAAAAUUAAAGUUUUCUAAUGGUAAAUAUGCUGUAAUUGGUUCAGAUGGUAGAUGGACCGAAGGUACUGAGGCUGAAGGUUCUACCGGGUUUGCUAUUUCAGACAGUGAACUUACUUACAAGGGUUCUAGCAAUUUCUAUGCAAUUCCAACAUCUACUGCUGGAUCCUUCUACGUUUCUCAAACUGGUGCUAGUGAUGCUAUUAGUAUAGCAUUAUCCGCUUGGACUCCAAACGGUUCCCAUGCUCCUGACUACACUCCAACUGGUGGUGAUUCCAAUUCUGUUUCUGCCUCUACUUCUGCUUCUGUUUCUGCUGCUUCAACUACAAAAGCCACUGCUGCUGCUGUCUCCCAAAUUGGUGAUGGUCAAGUUCAAGCCACUACUGCUGCCACUGUUGCAGCUAUUUCUCAAAUUGGUGACGGUCAAGUCCAAGCAACUCAUAGCGUUCAACUUCAAUCAGAAAACGGUGCUGCUCAAUAUGGUGUCAGUGCAGGUGCUCUUGCUGUUGCUGCUGCCUUAUUAUUCUAA